GGAAGUCUGUGGGAAGGGAAAAUGUUCCUUCAGCGUGCCUCGGCCGGGCAGGUCCUGCGAUCUUCCGCUGCCAACAGGAGGCGCCGGGCAAAUUCCAAUCUGCUGGAAGAGAUGUUUCCUGGUGACCUGGAGCGGGAAUGCUUUGAGGAACGUUGCUCUCAGGAGGAGGCUGCUGAGAUCUUCCAGUCACAGGAGAAGACACUGGAGUUCUGGUUCCGGUACUCAAAUUUGAAUCCAUGUGGGAGCAAUCCAUGCUUGAAUGGCGGCAAGUGCAUGCUGGGGAGAGGAGACUUCCUUUGUCUGUGCCCGCCACGUUACCACGGCAGCACCUGCCACUUGGAGUUGCUGUCAUGCAAUUAUAAAAAUGGUGGCUGCCUGCAGUACUGCACAAACUUGCCAGGAAGUGUUGGUGUUCAGUGUGGAUGUGCUGAAGGCUUCCAGCUGGACUCUGAUGGACAAAGCUGCUCCAAGACUGUGAAGUUUCCCUGCGGCCUCAAGCAAACAGUCUUGCUGCAGCGAGGUCGCUCCCUCUGGAGCCUCUCCAACGAAGUUAACUUCACUACGGAAGCAGACAUCAUCUUAGAUGAUGGCAACUUCACCAUGGAAGCGGACACCUUGGUGGACGAUACUAACAUCACAGUGGAAAUGAACACCAUUCUGGAUAACGGCUUCAACUGGACACACAAUGCUAGCAAACCAAUCAAUCCUCGCAUUGUUGGCGGGGACUUGGAGAGACUAGGUGGAAGUCCCUGGCAGGUUCUCAUCCACCGCGCUGACGGCUAUGGCUUCUGUGGCGGAACACUAGUGUCGGAUCGCUGGGUGGUCUCAGCCGCGCACUGCUUCCAGCAGACUGCCCACUACGUCACAAUAGGCGACUACGACAAACGUCGUCACGAUCCGGGAGAGCAAAAGAUUGCAGUCAAGCAAGUUCUGCUUCAUCCUCAUUUCCACGAGUUCACUAUGGACAGCGACUUGGCUCUACUCUACCUUGACCAGCCUGUCGUCAGGGGGCCCACUGCCGUUCCUGCCUGCCUGCCAGACGCCCACCUGUCCAGAUACCUGCUCAAGGAGAACAACCGGGGGUUGGUGACAGGAUGGGGAGCCACCCAAUACCUGCGCCGGUCCUCCCGAUUCCUUAGGAAGGUGGCUCUCCCGGUGGUCAACCACCAUGCCUGCACACAGUCUACAGAGCAGGUUGUCACAGAAAACAUGUUCUGCGCAGGAUACGUGGACGCAGGCAUGGAUGCGUGCAGCGGGGACAGCGGUGGUCCCUUCGUUGUCCACUACCGGGGGACCUGGUUUCUAACAGGUGUGGUCAGCUGGGGUGAGCGCUGUGCCGCUAGUGGCAAAUAUGGCAUCUUUACACGUCUGGGAAACUUCCUGAGCUGGAUAAGGACCACCAUGGAUCGAGUGGACCGCAAUGCCACACGAAGCUGA